AUGCACAACGGCCACGAGCAUGGAGGCGACGAUGCCUAUCAAGGAGCUGAACAUGAUGGGUACGAUGUAGACGGCAUGAACCACGGAGGUGAUGAUCUCAACGCCACGCGGGAGACGAUCAGGAUAAAGAUCCACGAGCACAUUGACAAGUACGAGGAGCACGUGAACAACUCUUCGUCCGAGGAAGAAAGGCAGAACAAUCUGCGCCGAAUCCUCAAGACGAUCAAGCGGCUCGCGAGGGAACUUCAACAGAUGGAUCCCGAAGAUGAAAGCGCCAAGGCCUACUACAAAAUGCUCAAGCACGCACAUCGGGGGAAGUACGAGUGCGACCCUGAUGAUGAGGACGACCACGGGGCCAUCGAGUACAAGCAUGAUUUGAUGUGGGACACCGAGGACGAAUCUGAUAUGGAUUCGGACUCGGACUCGGAUUCGGAGGCAGGAGAGAAUGGUCAGGAGGAAGGCUGGGACGGUUGUCAGGAAGAUGGUUGGGGCAAUGGCGACGCCAAUGGCGAAGACGGACACUGGGAUCAUGAUGACGGCCACGACGAGGGCGGUCAUUGGGGACACGAUGACGGCCAUGAUAACGACCAUCACAACGGCUAUGACGAGGAGGGACACGGGGGCUGUGGCGAUGGCCAUGACGACGGCCACAGUAACGGCCACGCCGAGGGCGGUCACUGGGGCCAUGACGAAGGCCAUGAUGUCGACGGACACUGGGUUAAUGGUUCCAAUGAGAGUGACGGUUGCCACGGUCAUGGGGAACAUCACCAGCACCAGCAUCACGGCAACGAAGACGACGAUGAUUACGACCAGCCACAGUACUCACCUCGCGCACAUCAGCAUUACUAG